AAAAAACACCAGAAAACACCAAAACAAAAUGAAAUGGAAUUAUUAAAAAUUCUGCUGCUGCUUUCCCUAACUUUAUUAAUAGUUGUCGUCACAUUAUUUUUGCUAGCACUUUUUUGUUACUUUCCACCUUCUUGUUCAUUUUUAUUGCCUAUGGGAUUGCGGAGAAAAUGUAAAAACACUGUUGGCCAGGGAAAUUCAGAACAAGUGGAGGUUUCUAGAUCUGAUGGAUCUAAUGGAUUUUAUGGAAAUCUCCCAGACAGAAGAAAUACAACCGAAGGGCAAAAACAACCGCCUGCUUCUGCUUCUGACGUUCCAGAAAUUGUAUUAACUACUGCCUCUAUGAAAAUGAGGAGACUUUGA